AUAAAAACAAAUUAAGAUUAUUAAAAUUACAGACAGUUUUGAUUACAUUUCGUAAAUCAAGAUAAAUAUCAAAACUAUUUUUGCUGUGUUUUGCCGGGAAUUAUUUGUUAAUAUGAAAACAAUAAAUACUGCUUAUGCAGUCUUCAGUUGCUGUACUUUAAAAGAUAAUGGAGUUAUUGCCUGGAGUAAAGAUAUUGACAAAUUGGUGAAAAUUAAAGGCUAAAUAAUGACAAAACGCAUUCAAAUGGACCGUAGAAAUAUGUCACAAGUUGGACAGUGUUGUCCUGCUUGCUCUAAAAACGGCAAAUCUCACUUCUUAAUUCCAAAAAAUAUUUUAAGAUGUGAGAAUAACGAAUGUUUUUACGUUACGGAAGCUAACGUUGAUGUUUCUAAUACUGUAAAUAUGCCUGGUGCAGUAGCUCCAAGGGAUGACCAGUCAUUAAACAACCAUACAAAGUAUGUACUUUUGAACAGCAAUCAUAAAUUAAAUCCAAACAAUUUGUUGACUCCUCUUAAAGAAAUUCAAGAUGACUUCAAGCCUAAUAUGGACAUAAAACUAAUUCCAAAUAAUUAUUUUAAUGAGCAAUAUUUCAAUUUCAAAGAUCAAUAUGAUAGUGGAAUAGAUAUUGCAGCUCAUGCUUUAAAAAAUGAAAUUUUUUUUGUUAAUGCUUGUAUAAGUCAAGCUGGUGAUAUCUGUCCAAAAUGUUAUAAAGAAGGACGCACGAAUAAGUUAUGUAUUUUUUAUAUAGAAACCAAUUUUGCAAUCCUGAGAUGUGAAGACAUUAAUUGCCUAUAUCCAUUAUUUGCCGAAGCUGCUAUAAAAAAUCAAAAUGAUAAAAGUUUAAACGCUAUGAAUUCAAACAACAAUGCGGAAUAUCCAAAAAUAAAAAAAUUUCAAUUGAAAACUUGUAGUGAAGUUAGUCUGUUAAGCAAAAUCAUGAAAUCAAAACGAAAUUUUAUUUUUCCCGCCAACAAUAAUUUUUCAAGCGCUUUGCCAUUAGAUAAAGAAGGAAAACGUGUAGUUAAGUUUUCAAUAACGGUGCGAGCAUCUGUCAGUGGUAUCUUUUCUAAUGGUAAAACGAAUAUUAACAUGGAAACUGAAGAUUUAAAAACAAAUGACGUUCAUGCUAAAUAUUUAAAUAACUUACCUAUGUCGGUGAUUGGUGACAAGUUGGAAAUCACACAAAAAAAUUUUAACGAAAAUUCAAGAGCAUUUCCAGCAAGCAAUCACGAGAAUAAUCUUAAAUUUAUGGACCCAAACUCAGUUUCAAGCUCAUUAAAACUUGCGAGAACAGCAAAAUCCAGUCUCUUAUCACCUAAGUCAUGCUCAGUUUACACAAAUACGAGUUCAGAAAAUCAAGUUGUAGAUUCCAGACAAAUUUCGAAAACUAACAAUAUUAAGUCUUUCAAGUCAGACAGUUCAUCAGUAAUAUCUGGUAUCAAUCAUAACUGUAAUAAGAAUAAUAAAAUUAAGGCAAACCUUAAUAUUUCUAAUGAACGUCCAGUGUUUUCAAUUUCCAAUAUUAACUCCAAUUACGACUCUGUAACUAGAACAGCUAAUGAUUUUUCGGAGUUAACAAAUCAAUCAACACAAAAAGCAAAACACUUGAAAAGGUCACGUGAAGAAUCCGAAAGCGAAAUAUCCAACAAAAAAUAUAAGAAAGAUGUAAGACAUAACUUUAAUGGAAGUAAUACAAUUAAGGCGAACCCUAAUAUUCACGAGCCGUCAGUGUUUUCUCUAUCAAAUAUUAACCCUAAUUAUGAGUCUGUGUCUAGAACAGUUAAUGAGUUCACAGAGUUGAUAUAUCAAUGGAUAAAAACAGCGAAUCACUUGAAAGGAUCACGUACAAAAUCUAAAGGUGACAUCUCCGGUGGAGAAAAUGAAAUACGGAUGAUGGAGUCACUGAGCCUACCUAUAAUAUCUGAUGAAAGCGAUGACGAAAUAUAUGAAACAAGUUUUUCUGUAUCAAAUGAAAACACUGAUGAUCCUGUCGCUAUAAAGGCUAGAGCCUAUUCUGAAUCGAUAGAUCAACGAAGGAAACCAGUAGCACACUCAAAGAGGCCAGUUAAAAAACCCAGAAGUCAAUCCUUUUGUGGAGAAAAUGAAAUUCGCAACAUCAAAUCAUCUAACCUAUCUAAUUUAUUUGAUAACAAUUAUGGAUUUAAAGGAAGAGACGAAACUGCUGUACAAUUAAAAACGUGUGAUGCGCAGCAAAGGGUUUCUGUAUCAAGUAAAAAAACUGAUGAUCCCAUGGCUACAAAGCCUAAUGGUUAUUCUGAAUCGAUAGAUCAACAGAUGAAACCAUCAACACACUCGAAAUGGUCACGUACAAAAUCUAAAAGUGACACCUCCGGUGAAGAAAAUGGAAUACGAAUGACGGAGUCACUGAGUCUACCUAUAAUAUCUGAUGAAAGUCAUGACUUUAACGAAAUAUAUGAAACAAGGUUUUCUGUAUCAUAUGAAAACACAGAUGAUCCUGUUGCAAUAAAGGCUAGUAGUUAUUCUGAAUCGAUAGAUCAACAGAAGAAACCAUCUACACACUCGAAAUGGUCACAUACGAAUUCCAAAAGUCCAUCUUUUUGUGGAGAAAAUGAAAUUCGCAAGAUGAAGUCACCUUCACCUGGCUUACCUGAUUUGUCUGAUAACAAUUAUGAAUUUAAUGGAAUAAACGAAACUGCUGUAAAAUUAAAAGCUUGUGAUGGGCAGCAAAGGUUUUCUGUAUCAAAUAAAAACACCGAUGAUCCUGUCGGCAUAAAGGCUAGUCGUUAUUCUGAAUUGAUAGAUAAACGGAUGAAAUCACCAACACCCUCGAAAUGGUCAUGUACAAAAUCUAGAAGUGACACCUUCGGUGGAGAAAAUAGAAUACGAAUGACGGAGUCACUGAGUCUACCUGUAAUAUCUGAUGAAAGUCAUGACUUUAACGAAAUAUAUGAACCAAGGUUACAAUCAAAAAUUCGUAAUGAGCAUCCAGUGUUUUCUACAUCAAAUGAAAGCAGUGAUGAUCCUGUCGCUAGAAAGGCUACUACAUAUUCUAAAUCGAUAGAUCAACAGAGGAAACCAAUAGCACACUCAAAGAUGCCAGUUAAAAAACCCAGAAGUCAAUCCCUUUGUGGAGAAAAUGAAAUUCGCAAGAUGAAAUCACCUUUACCUGGCUUACCUGAUUUAUUUGAUAAUAAUUAUGGAUUUAAUGGAAGAGACGAAACUGGUGUACAAUUAAAAACUUGUGAUCGGCAGCAAAGGUUUUCUGUAUCAAGUAAAAAAACGGAUGAUCCAAUGGCUAUAAAGGCUAAUGGUUAUUCUGAAUCGAUAGAUCCACUGAUAAAACCAGUAGUAUACUCAAAGAGGUCAGUUAAAAAACGUAGAAGUCAAUCCGUUUGUGGAGAAAAUGAAAUUCGCAAGAUGAAGUCACCUUCACCUGGCUUACCUGAUUUGUCUGAUAACAAUUAUGGACUUAAUGAAAUAGACAAAUCUGCUGUACAAUUAAAAACUUGUGAUGGGCAGCAAAGGUUUUCUGUAUCAAGUAAAAAAACUGAUGAUCCAAUGGCUAUAAAGUCUAGUCGUUAUUCUGAAUCGAUAGAUCAACAGAUGAAACCAUCUACACACUCGAAAUGGUCACAUACAAAUUCCAAAAGUCCAUCUUUUUGUGGUGAAAAUGAAAUUCGCAAGAUGAAGUCACCUUCACCUGGCUUACCUGAUUUGUCUGAUAACAAUUAUGGACUUAAUGAAAUAGACAAAUCUGCUGUACAAUUAAAAACUUGUGAUGGGCAGCAAAGGUUUUCUGUAUCAAGUAAAAAAACUGAUGAUCCAAUGGCUAUAAAGUCUAGUCGUUAUUCUGAAUCGAUAGAUCAACAGAUGAAACCAUCUACACACUCGAAAUGGUCACAUACAAAUUCCAAAAGUCCAUCUUUUUGUGGUGAAAAUGAAAUUCGCAAGAUGAAGUCACCUUCACCUGGCUUACCUGAUUUGUCUGAUAACAAUUAUGGACUUAAUGAAAUAGACAAAUCUGCUGUACAAUUAAAAACUUGUGAUGGGCAGCAAAGGUUUUCUGUAUCAAGUAAAAAAACUGAUGAUCCAAUGACUAUAAAGGCUAGUCGUUAUUCUGAAUCGAUAGAUCAACAGAUGAAACCAUCCACACACUCCAAAUGGUCACAUAUAAAAUCUAAAAGUGACACCUCCGGUGGAGAAAAUGGUAUACGAAUGACGGAGUUACUAAGUCUACCUGUAAUAUCUGAUGAAAGUCAUGACUUUAACGAAAUAUAUGAAACAAGGUUUUCUGUAUCAUAUGAAAACACAGAUGAUCCUGUUGCAAUAAAGGCUAGUAGUUAUUCUGAAUCGAUAGAUCAACAGAAGAAACCAUCUACACACUCGAAAUGGUCACAUACGAAUUCCAAAAGUCCAUCUUUUUGUGGAGAAAAUGAAAUUCGCAAGAUGAAGUCACCUUCACCUGGCUUACCUGAUUUGUCUGAUAACAAUUAUGAAUUUAAUGGAAUAAACGAAACUGCUGUAAAAUUAAAAGCUUGUGAUGGGCAGCAAAGGUUUUCUGUAUCAAAUAAAAACACCGAUGAUCCUGUCGGCAUAAAGGCUAGUCGUUAUUCUGAAUUGAUAGAUAAACGGAUGAAAUCACCAACACCCUCGAAAUGGUCAUGUACAAAAUCUAGAAGUGACACCUUCGGUGGAGAAAAUAGAAUACGAAUGACGGAGUCACUGAGUCUACCUGUAAUAUCUGAUGAAAGUCAUGACUUUAACGAAAUAUAUGAACCAAGGUUACAAUCAAAAAUUCGUGAUGAGCAUCCAGGGUUUUCUACAUCAAAUGAAAGCAGUGAUGAUCCUGUCGCUAGAAAGGCUACUACAUAUUCUAAAUCGAUAGAUCAACAGAGGAAACCAGUAGCACACUCAAAGAUGCCAGUUAAAAAACCCAGAAGUCAAUCCCUUUGUGGAGAAAAUGAAAUUCGCAAGAUGAAAUCACCUUUACCUGGCUUACCUGAUUUAUUUGAUAAUAAUUAUGGAUUUAAUGGAAGAGACGAAACUGGUGUACAUUUAAAAACUUGUGAUGGGCAGCAAAGGUUUUCUGUAUCAAGUAAAAAAACUGAUGAUCCAAUGGCUAUAAAGUCUAGUCGUUAUUCUGAAUCGAUAGAUCAACAGAUGAAACCAUCUACACACUCGAAAUGGUCACAUACAAAUUCCAAAAGUCCAUCUUUUUGUGGUGAAAAUGAAAUUCGCAAGAUGAAGUCACCUUCACCUGGCUUACCUGAUUUGUCUGAUAACAAUUAUGGACUUAAUGAAAUAGACAAAUCUGCUGUACAAUUAAAAACUUGUGAUGGGCAGCAAAGGUUUUCUGUAUCAAGUAAAAAAACUGAUGAUCCAAUGGCUAUAAAGUCUAGUCGUUAUUCUGAAUCGAUAGAUCAACAGAUGAAACCAUCUACACACUCGAAAUGGUCACAUACAAAUUCCAAAAGUCCAUCUUUUUGUGGUGAAAAUGAAAUUCGCAAGAUGAAGUCACCUUCACCUGGCUUACCUGAUCUGUCUGAUAACAAUUAUGAAUUUAAUGGAAUAAACGAAACUGCUGUACAAUUAAGAGCUUGUGAUGGGCAGCAAAGAUUUUUUAUAUCAAAUAAAAACACUGAUGAUCUUGUCGCUAUAAAGGCUAGUGGUUAUACUGAAUCGAUAGAUCAACAGAUGAAACCAGCAACACACUCGAAAUGGUCACAUACAAAAUCUAAAAGUGACAUCUCCGGUGAAGAAAGUGGAAUUCGAAUGACAGAGUCACUGAGUCCACCUGUAAUAUCUGAUGAAAGUCAUUACUUUAACGAAAUAUAUGAAACAAGGUUUUCUGUAUCAAGUAAAAACCCUGAUGAUCCUGCCGCUAUAAAUGCUAGUGGUUAUUCUGAAUCGAUAGAUCAACAGAUGAAACCAUCAACACACUCGAAAUGGCCACAUACAAAUUCCAAAAGUCCACCUUUUUGUGUAGAAGAGGAAAUUUGCAACCUGAAGUCACCUGGCUUACCUGAUUUAUUUGAUGUCAGUUAUGACUUUAAUGGAAUAUAUGAGACUACAGUACAACCAGAAAUUUGUAAUAAGCAUCCAGAAUUUUCUGUAUCAAAUAAAAACACUGAUUACGAGUCUGUAACUAGAAAUGUUAAUGGCUUUUCUGAAUCGAUAAAUCAAUGUACAAAAACAGCAACAUUCGCAAAAAGUUUUCGUAGAGAAUCCGAAGACCACGCUUCCGGUGGAGAAAAUGAAAUAUGUAAGGUAAAGCCAUGUAACCUAUCUGUUGACAGUCAUAGAAAAAAAGAAAUUGGAGUGCAAUUACAAGUUUGUGAUGAACAUCUAGCGUUUCCUAUAUCAAAUAUAAACUUUAAUUAUGAGUCCGUAAAAAAGAAUGCUAAUGUUAUUUCUAUUUUUGAUCCAAUUGAAGAACAGACACAAACCACAGAACAUAUAGAAAGAUUCUCAGAUAUAUCCUCUAUGCUAUCUGAUGCCAGUCAGGUCAUUACUAUAAAAGAAAACAUUGUGAAUCGUACAGAAAUUUUUGAUACACCUCCACAUUCCUCCAGCUUUAAUAAAUCACACCAAUCAGCGAACCAAACUAUUCCUGAUUUAGGUGAAACGUUUUCUGUAUCAGUUAAUAAAAAUUUAAAUACCCAGUCUACGAAUACAGGAAUGAGUGGAUCGUCUGAUCAUACUUACUUUAAGGAUCGUAAUAAGAUAAAAAGAGCACGUGAAACAAAAAUAGUUCAAUCUAAAGCUUGUGGUGAACUUCAAGGGUCCACUAUAUCAACUAUUAAAAAACCAAAUGCAGAGUCUUUAACAACUAAAGAUAUUUCUGCUAAUGAUAAUCAUUUUGGACAUCAUUUAAGUUAUGGUAAUAUCAAGAUAGAUAUGCCAUCGUUUGAUCCCCAAAUUUCUGAUGUAACUUUAGCAAAUAACAUUUCUGGAACAAAUAACAUUUCUGUAACAAGUAACAUUUCUGGAACAAGUAACAUUUCUGGAACAAAUAACAUUUCUAGAACAAAUAACAUUUCUGGAACAAAUAACAUUAUUACAGAUACUAAGCCAGUGGCAAAAACUCAACAGCGUAAAAAACGUAAAAAGAAGAUUAAGCUCUCUAAAGACCCGGUAGAAGUAAUUCCACUUGUAUAUAAUAAAAAAAUACACUCAGCCACUAAUAAACUAGUGGAAAGUCCUAUGAGUGACAGCAAAAAAUUAUCAAAUCUUACCGCAGGUAAAUCUGAAACAUUUAGCAAUAAAGCGUAUGCUGCCAAAUGCGACAUGUCCUAUAAAUUGUUAAAUGAACCUAUAGCAAAUUCCCCCAAUAACAACAGAAAGGCAAUAACAAAUACUGAAACUGAAGAAGGAAGUUCAUUUAAAAUUCCGAAUGUUUUUGGGCCACUGAAAAUUAGAACUAUAAAAAAUGAAGAAAUUUCCAAGCAAAGUAAUAACAUUGAAAACAUUAAAAAUACUAAAAAAGGUUCCAAUGAAUCAUUAACCAAUUCAACAAGUGAGGAUAGUAAGACUGAUUUUGAGCAGAUCAUUGAUAUAAGUGAUGAUUUUGAUAUAAUGAAGAUUAUAAAUGAACAAAGUACUGAUAAAAUGCCAGAUUCGAUGUAUGAUGACUUCCUUAAUGUGCUGAGCACUGAAUUUUAUACAUCAGAUGAGACGAUAAAAAACGAUCAAUCAAAAAGUGCAGAUAUUAAGACCGCUGAUUCAUAUGAAGUCCAAAUAAUGGAAGAAACAUUCGACACUAUAAGCUUUGAAAAUAUGGAUAACAUAAUGAAACAUAAUGAAAAUAAUAAUAUUACAGUAAUUGUUCCACAAGAUCAGAUAGUAAAAAGCGAUCAAGUAGCAAAUGAAGAUAUUAAAAUUUCAGUUUCGUAUGAUGUAAAUGAACAUAUGUCCUAUUCUAUAAAUUUUGCUGAUUUAAAUAAUACAAUUUCUACAAAUGCUGAAAAUUGUAAUAGUAAGAACGAUACUUUAAAUGAGCAAUUCGAUAUAAAUAAACUAGAUAUUAUUAGUAAUAUCCAACUAAUAGAACCAACGACUGAACAAUCUCUUAAAAACACAAUUACAGUAUUAAAGACGGAAGCGCUGGAAAACAAUUCAAAUAAGAGUGAAGGAUUGGCAAUUUACAUGAGUAAAGUGGUUGAUAAUGAAACGGUUUAUAGUAGAAAAGGUCGAAGAAGAUCACGUUUAAUUGGCAGUACUCCUUCCAUUCCCCAACCAAACGAUGAUUUAAAGCUUGAAACUCUUAAAAAUAUUGUGUCCACAAAAAAAAAACUUUUCAAAAAAAAGCUAUGAAAA